AUGCUACUAUCAGGUUAUUACGCCGCAAUAGCGAGACUGAACGAGCUAGUCGAUGUCACAUGCAUCCAUGAGCAUUAUCACUUCACUUGCACAUUCGAAGGCCACGAAGACGAACAGACCUAUACAACCUGCCAUUUAUGUCGCGACAGGGUCGUGGAAAUGUCCAGAAUCUUUGUCGAACUCUGGCCAGGUGACUGGUACGGCGGACUUGGCGCCUACGUCCAGGACUCCCUCCUAGACACAAUCGAGUCGGAGAAAGCAUCCACUGACGGUAUGGAAAUUGCUUCCAUGAUCCACUUCCGCUUGAAACAAAGCAAUUUGGCCGAUCGCGUGGUCAAAGGACUCGGCCUUCCAGUCCCUAGCAACAAGCCGUGCGGGCUAUGGAGCAAAGUCGAAUGGGAAAAGGAACGCCGCGUAAGAGACGAUGAGCCAAUUUUCGACAGGUCUUGGGACUGUACUUGGGGAAAAUUCAUCGACGGCAAUCUCAUGCCACAAGGCACUGUCAAGCAAGGACCUAGAUUUAUCCGUUUUGUGCAAUAUCUUGUUGCAGCGGUGCGCCAGAAAGAGUUCAUUACAGUCAUGUCGCACGAUCAAUAUGAGGAACUAAUCGAAAAGAUUAUCAAGUUCGUCGAGGACGCCAGAGGUUCUGAUCCAGAGCUUACCUGCAACUCCGCCACUAUUCCAAAGAGACGCUUCGAGAGAAAGGGCCUUUGGAGAAACACCUGCUUGAUUAAUUUGCGAGAUAAUUGCAAAGAAGAUUGCAAGGCUUGUGGUCUAGCGCAGCCAGACGAUGAAUGCGUUCGAGGAUUGUGGAGGAACACCUGCUUAGCUUUGUAA